GUCGCCGUGCUCCUGCUGCUGCUGCUGCUCGCCGUGGAGGUCGUUCGCAGACACACGGCGCUGCUCCUGUUUCUCCCUGUGCUGGCUGACCGGCCUAGCAGGGUCUCGGUCACAGGUUGCUGCUGCUGCUGCUGCAGGGGUCGUGCCUGGCUGGUGCUGCAUUGAAAAUGUCUCCGGUCUCCUCCGCAGGGCUGACGAGCGCUCAGCAGGAACGCGGGGGAACCCCUCAGAAUCCGCUGGGCGUGUCCUAUAUUCCCACAGAGGAGGAGAGGAGGGUCUUCAGAGAGUGCAAUGAAGAGAGCUUCUGGUAUCGCUCGCUGCCCUUCUCUGCCGGGGGCAUGAUGUUGACGCAGGCGCUGAUCUCCAGAGGAGUCCUCAGUUCCUCAGCAAGGUUCGGCUCUCUUCCCAAAGUGGCAUUUGCCGGAGUUUGUGGGUACCUGGCAGGAAAGAUGUCCUACAUGAAGACAUGUCAGGAGAAGUUUAAGAACAUGGAGAACUCUCCGCUGGGGGAAGCUCUUCGCCAGGGACGCAGCCCAGGGGCAGGCCGGUCCCGCCCCCAGAAGUCGGAGCUGGGAGACCCGGAAUCUCCUUUGUUUGACCCGGUGCUCCAUGCGCCCCAGAGCGAGCAGAGCCCGGCGGACUCCUUCAGCUACCCCGGCGACCAGGAGCCCUCCCCUUCCGCCUACCAUCCCGCCCCCUUCAGCUCGGUGAUGAGCGAGUCGGCGCCCUCUGGAGCCGAGGACCUCGGCCCUCAAGCCCCGCUGCCGUACCCUGACGACGAGAAGCCCAAGAGGAAGACCAUCAUGUACGAGGAGCUACGCAACAAGAACAGGGGGAGCUACGAGGUGGCAAUGACCCAGAAAUCCGAGUCACCCCUGAAGCCAGCCUCCGAAAGGGCUUCCAAGCCAGAAGUGAAAACUAACAAAUAUGGAGAUGCUUGGGAAGAAUGAGCUCAUCUGCAGACGAAGAGAAGUAAUAUUCACACAAGUCCUACCAGUUUUACACAGAAGUAGCUUGAGUUGAUGUUCUGGGCCCAGGCUGUGAUUAGUCAGAUAUAUGUGUGGCCCAGCACAUUUUACUGAAUGUGUCGUAUAUUUAAUUUGGUCACUUUUGCAUUUACCUGGACAAACGAAGAAGCUUUGUUCUUAAAUGCUGACAUUGAAACCUCUAUGCUUUGAACUUCUGUAAAAAAAAUCAUUUGUAACUAGCAUUUAAAACUGAAUCAGUAUCUCUUGGGUCUGAAGUGCUUACUGAACGCUGGAGGUGUGUUUAGAGAUGUUCUGUGGAGCACAAUAAAACCCUAUUCAACAAAA